CUUUGCAGAUAACAUCGUGAUGAAAUACAGUAUUUGUGUUUUUAUUGAGCUGCUUAUUUUUGUCUGCUUCUUCGGUAGAGGGCUACAAAACAAGAUAAUCUUUUCAAUCCAUGGUUCAAUCAAAGAAAGAAACUUGCUCAAUGGAGAAGUAUCAACUUUAUUAUCGAAUCUACAAAGUAAUAUAUAUUCGUUAGACUAUGAUUAUAAAACUGGAUAUGUGUUUUUCCCAAGGCAUAAUAAAGACGACAUUUUGAGAUUUCGUUAUCCAUCAGAUACAGCUUACAGCACAAUACCCGUAGCAGCUGCAAGGGAACCAAUAGCUCUGGUUAUUGAUCCGUUAUUGAAUCAAGUGUAUUGGACAGAAAUAUACCAACAAAAGAUAUAUAGGUGUAAUUAUGAUGGAACAAAUAAGAUACUCAUUCUUCAAGAUGAUCAACUAUAUGCGAUUACAUUAGAUUUUGUAAACAGGUAUACUUUAACAGCAAAACUGUCUUUUUCGAGAUAG